AUGAAAAGCAACGCAUUGCGGGCGUAUUUUAGGGCGAAAGGGGGAGAAACUGGAGGUUUUGCGUAUCGGGCAAGGAUGCAUCGACUUUUUGCUGAGCUGGAGCCAUCUGUAACCGUCACCGAGCAAAACCUGGCAGACCGAGUUCAGUUUAUCUUGCGCUCAAAUACAUUUGAUGUUACCGAACUCGAACGGCUACGACGUGAGGCUGUUCCUUCAUCGGGUGAAAAUGCUGCGGCUGAGGAUGCGGCGCCACAACUUGCUGAGCAAAUGGCAAACGUGGAUGCCGCCGUGAAUACCCCAGUUGUGGUUGAUUCAAGCGAUGAUGGAACAGUCGCCCAGGAACUGGAACUAGAGCAAAUGAGGAGUACAUCGGAAGAGGCGAUUGUCGAAACGCGCAAUACGCCUCUCGAAAAUCGACCGCGACUUCCCCUCAUAGCCCUAAACAAGCGGAAUCGGGCUGUCGUGAGGGCUCUGAACCCAAUGCUGGUUACCUAUAUGGAAGCUAGGUGGGACCUUUGCGAGACGGACUCAAUUCUUUUUGGCGCCGCACUGGCAGUCUGCCGUAUUAUAGGCGCCAAACUUUCCACGACUGGACGCGCUACUAGACAAAGUAGUGCUAUGCCAGCCUGUAGAAUAAGAAUUGAAGAACUUAUCGCAAAGGCUAGGGCCCUCAUCGGCACACUGAUAUGCUUAACUGCUCAGGCAAUACUAGGCUUGAGUGAAGUUCCUGAGUUCAGAUGUAUUUGUGUCGUGGGGAUGUUAGAUGUCGGGACUGUUUUCAAUGUUGCAAAACAAAAGCGUGAACUGUUUGUUUUGAUAGACCGUGAUAAAGUUAAUUGA